UUUGAAGGAGGGAACCUAUUGAAGCCUCCCUCCUCAUCUUUGUCAUUAAUCUCAUAUCAUUUGUUACUGUAACUUGGUGUGACGGACCCCGUUGAAGAUAAGUGUACUUUCCCUACUGGAGCUUUGGGAUUGCUGUCUUUGUGGCUGACUGACUUCAGUGGUAAGGGACAGAAUGUCCAACAACAUGGCCAAGAUUGCAGAUGCAAGAAAGACGGUGGAGCAACUUAAGCUGGAGGUCAACAUCGAGAGGAUGAUGAUAUCUAAAGCAGCCGCCGAUUUGAUGGCCUACUGUGAAACACACGCCAAAGAGGACCCUCUGAGGAGCAGGCAGCAGGUGUUCGCACUUUACACAAACCAGGGAGCUCUCACGGUGACACCUGCCAAGGGUCAAACAUUUUCUUUGGGAACACAACAGCCUAAGGCCAAACAAUGGCCAACUUUGGAGGACACGCCAUUCCUGGCUCCUUUUUCCUCUUCUAUGGCUUUUGGCUAACAGUCAAACACAUUCUCCAACACUACUGGAGGUCGAAACAGCCAAAAGGAAAGCAGAUCAUGCCACCUUUCUUUAAAAGGAUGGACUACUUUGAAGGAGGGUUAAAGAUCUUUGCAUCAGUUGUGGGUAUAAUGGUUGAGCAGUUUGUGGUGGAUGGGCCCCACGCCCACCUCUAUGACAAGGAGAACAACUCGUGGGUCAAGCUGAUGAACUGGCAGCACAGCACGAUGUAUCUAUUUUUUGGCAUUUCUGGAAUAGCCCUAGUUGCCAGUAACACCUUCAAACUGAUCCCCGCUGGCGUUGAUCGCCUCGCUCUCUCGCUGGCUCUUUUUGUGGAAGGAUUUCUGUUCUAUUACCAUGUCCAUGCUCGCCCCCCUCUGGAUGCCCACGUCCACUCGCUGCUGCUGGUGGCUGUGUUUGGUGGAUCGGCCUGCGUGUUGCUGGAGGUGUUUCAAAGGAACAACAUUGUCGUGGAGCUGCUCAGAGCAUGCCUGUUCAUCCUGCAGGGCUCAUGGUUCUACCAGGUUAUCCCAAAACAUCUCUGGCCAUUCUUGUCAUUACAUACUGGACUGUGAAUUGAUUGUUUUUUCCAGAGCAGUUUUUUUUUUUUUUUUUUUCCCAGUCACGUUGCUAAAGCUUCACCAGGUACUGUAAGACUUCUCCAUCAUAGCCAACUGCCAUGUAACAAUGCUCAGAGAAUGUUAGCGAAUUAGCUCAUUUUACUUGACAAGCGAGGGUUUGGACCUUGCUGUAAAUCCCAAAGAGCUCCAUUUCCAAGGCUCAUGUACUGAGUGUGGCCAAGGCAACAGUCAACAAACAUGGUUCAUUUCUCUAUAGGCCCUUUUGGUUUUAAUGAUCCAUAAAAAAAGCCUCAUAUCAGCCACUGAGAAGGUCCUUCUGAGUGGCAAUUGGAGAAACGACAAAAACCUGAUAACAGAUGUGUUGUCAGAUAUUUAAUAACAUGUACCUGUGUUUCAGCAGAGGCAUCAGUACUUAACUCAUCAAAAGCAGUCUUCAGGUGGAUGUAAGAAAUGACAUGACCACAUCUAUUUUUCUGCAGAAAAUGGGUGGAUUAACCAACUUGCGCUUUCAGACUGAUUUUCUAGAAUUUUAAUUGCUUGUAGCUGUGUCAUUAAGCACAGAGUGAGCCAUCUCAUUUAUUAAAAUACUUCUUGUUUCAGAUUGGAUUCGUGCUGUAUCCUUUGAGAGGACCUGCCUGGGACCUGAAGCUACAUGACAACAUCAUGUUUAUCACAAUGUGCUUUUGCUGGCAUAUGGC